AUGCCUGAAAGUGUCACCACAAGUAAUCAAUAUGGAUACGAAAAUCAACAACAAAGAGCAACGGUUCCCUUCCAGCAUUUUCCUGCGGUCACACAAGCCACAAAUAGCUUAAAUCAAAUGCCACAAGUAACUACCACUUAUUCAUUCGUCCCAACACCAUUAAUUGGACAAGUAUCACAACCUGCGACCGGAGUAAAGCCCAAAAGACAACAAGUAAAAAAUGCGUGUG